CAGGAGCCGCGUUUGGGGCCUCUCAAGAAAAGGUGAGAAAGAAGAAAGCAACGCACCCGCCCCAAAACCCGUUUCGGCCAAUCCCAAGCGACCGUCUUUCAGUAUCCUUUCUUCUCUCUUACCUUCUCAAACCCCAUUUUCUCCAUUUAAUAAACAAAAUACAAUGUCCUCCUGUCACAUCUCUGCCCAGUCAAUUUCCAUGUGCCCCCUACCCAAACCACCACGCCUGAACCGCUCCAAAACCUAGGGUUUUCCUAGGCCACCUCGAUUUCCGCCUUGACCGAGUUCGAUACGCUCCAAUUUGGCAUGGACCAGCAGGCUUCGGGCCACUACAGGCCCUGUCUUCAAGACGGAGCGUCGUCGCAGCAAGGCGUGGACCUCUUAGGCGUCGAUCAAUGCCAGGCGAUUAGGGAUAUGGACGAUUCGCUGCUCGUCGGAGCUCCGGAGGCUGGCGUGGCGCCGGGAGAAGAGGCGAAGACGGCGGCGGAGAAGAGGAAGCGCGGUCGGCCGCCCAAGGGUCAGACGAAGGCGCCCAAAACGACGCCGCCGGCUAGGAAGAAGAAGGACGAGGAGGACGUUUGCUUCAUAUGCUUCGAUGGCGGGAGCCUCGUGCUCUGUGAUCGCCGGGGCUGCCCUAAAGCAUAUCAUCCCUCCUGCAUUAAGCGAGACGAGUCGUUCUUUAAAUCAAGGGCUAAGUGGAAUUGCGGUUGGCAUAUUUGCAGCAGUUGCGAGAAGGCUGCACAUUAUAUGUGCUAUACUUGUACGUAUUCUUUGUGCAAGGGCUGUAUUAAGGAUGCUGAUUAUUUGAGUGUAAGAGGAAACAAUGGAUUCUGUGGGACGUGCAUGAGAACUGUGAUGCUCAUUGAGAGUUUACAAGGCGAUAAGGAAGCGGCUCAAGUGGAUUUUGAUGACAAAAGUAGCUGGGAGUAUCUCUUUAAGAUGUAUUGGGUAUUUCUGAAGGGGAAACUAUCUUUAACUUCAGAUGAGUUAACUCGAGCUAAAAAUCCAUGGAAAGGAGUUGAUACUAUAGCUUGUAAGGGGGAAUCGUCAGCUGAACAUUAUGAUGGUAAUGAUUAUAAAGGUUCUAGUUUGGACAAUUCUUGUGCAGACCUGGAAACGAAUAAUUCCAAAAGAAGGAAGACUAAAAAGCAGCCUGCUCUUUAUAAUCAGGACUCUAUAGCUAUGGAGAGAUCAGGUAGUGACAACAGUUCAUAUCCACUUGAAAGCACAAAAUGGGCAUCAAAGGAACUCUUGGAGUUUGUUGCACAUAUAAAAAAUGGUGAUACAUCUAUGCUAUCUCAGUUUGAUGUCCAGGCUCUUGUGCUAGAGUAUAUAAAGAUAAAUAAUCUCCGCGAUCCUGAUCGGAAAAGCCAAAUUAUUUGUGAUUCGAGGCUCAUAAAUCUAUUUGGGAAAGGGCGUGUUGGUCACUUUGAAAUGCUAAAGCUUCUUGAAUCUCAUUUUCUUGUAAAAGAAAGUGCGUCAGCAGAUGAUAUUUUUAAGGCUGGAGUUGUCAAUGUUGUUGCUAGCAUGGUGGAGGCCGAUGGGAACUAUGAUAACCAACUUCUGCUGGGUAGUGAUAAGAGGCGUAAAACACGCAAAAAAGCUGAUGACAGGGGAUCACAGACUAAUUUAGAUGCAUUUGCAGCUAUUGAUGUUCACAACAUUAACUUAAUAUACUUACGGCGUAAUUUGAUGGAGAGUCUUAUGGAUGAUGCUGACAAAUUUCAUGACAAAGUUGUUGGCUCAAUUGUUCGAAUAAGAAUUCCCAAUAAUGAUCAAAAGCAAGAGAUGUACAGGCUUGUACAAGUUGUAGGUACAAGCAAGGUGGCUGAACCAUAUAAAAUUGGAGAAAGAACUACUGAUGUGAUGCUUGAAAUCUUAAAUUUAGACAAGAAGGAUGUCAUAUCAAUUGAUGAAAUUUCAAAUCAGGAGUUCUCUGAGGAUGAAUGCACACGUUUACGCCUGAGUAUACAAUCUGGGCUCAUCAAACAGUUGACUGUGGGUGAGAUUCAGGCAAAAGCAAUUACACUUCAAGCACUGAGAGUAAAUUAUGGGCUGGACGCAGAGAUUUUGCGACUUAGUCAUCUACGUGAUCGAGCUAGUGAAAAGGGACAUAAGAAGGAGUUAAAAGAAUGCGUGGAGAAGUUACAGCUUUUGAACUCACCUGAUGAACAUCAGCGCAGACUGUACGAGAUUCCGGAAGUACACACUGAUCCUAGAAUGGAUCCAAAUUAUGAGUCUGGGGACAAUGCAGGAGAAUUAGAUGGGAGGAAACAAGAUGGUAAAGUGAGAUCAAAACUUUCUGUCUCUGGUAGAAAGGGGAGGAAGCCCAUCUCUGCACGAAAAGGAGGUGAUGCCUUGGAUGAUAUUGGAAACAGGAUACUGAAAAAAGUAACGCCACCUUGUGAGCAAAGGAGAAAUGUUGGUAUGACAUCCUCUUGGAAUCAAGAAAGACAAGCAUCUGUCGUAAAUAGUUGGAAUACACCAGCAAACCAGGUCACGACUUCUGGUUCAUUGGCCAUUAGUUGGAAUGGUCAAGCAGUGGUGAGAUCUGAAUUGUUUUCCGGGGCUGCAUCAGAAAUUUCGCAAUCGGUUAUUUCUACAGGGGCAGACCAAUCUGCUAACGAUUUUGAGACUGAAAAAAUGUGGCACUAUCUGGACCCAACUGGAAGAAUUCAAGGACCAUUUUCUAUGUUGCAGCUGCGUAAAUGGAGUACAAGUGGGCACUUCCCUUCCAAUCUGAGAGUAUGGAGUAUAAAUGAAAAGCAAGAUGACUCUGUACUUUUGACUGAUGCAUUAAGUGGAGGAUAUCAUGAAACUUCACCUUUGCCGGAGAGCAAUAAGUUACUGUCUCAGGGAGUUGGAGUUGCCUCAGAUAGAGAUAAUAGCCACGAUGGUGGGUGGAGUGGGAGUAGAGAUAAUAAAGAAGUUGAGGAGAGCUCAAAGCUGAAGCAGGAUGACUCAAGUGUCCAUGGUAAUGGUAAUGAUGAACUUUUGAAGAGCAAUGGAUGUGGCCCUCAUUCUUCUACUUGGAUUAAACCUGCAGAUGCUGCCAAUUCCAAUGAGACAAUGAAUGGCGUUUCUCAACCUGGCUGGGACUCAUCUAAGGGUAAUAGUUCUUUGCCAGACCAGCCCCAAGUGUGCAAUAGUUCACUAACCCCACCUUCAAUUUCUGAGAAGUCCUAUGGAACUGUGUCACAUCAAGCGAGGGAAGGUCAUGGGGGUGAAAGUUGCUCUGGUCAAGAGAAUGGAAAAUGCAAUUCAAACAGCACUGCUGAUGGUCAAACCAAAAAUGAACAGGUUUACGAGAACCAAUCUGACAGUGAGGGCCAUUCAGGCCAAUCUUCUGGACAGAGCUCGAGACCUCCACCCGUAACAUCAAAUGGCUGGGCUUCCAAUUCUGAAUUUAUUUCUGUAGUCAAGUCACUUGAAACAACAGAGCAAAAUCAGGAAAUUGAUUUUCCAGAUCUUCCCAGUUCCACCACUCCACAGCCAAGCAAUGAAGAUUUAAAAGUUCUGGCUGCUGAAAACAAUAAAGCCGCUUCUCCAAGUGUUCCUGUUCAGGAUGCAGGUCCUAGCUGGAGCACUGCUUCUAGUUUAGUGGGUGGUGGGGCACAAAUUCCUGAAGCAGCUGGUGAAUGGGGUAGGUACUCCCCUACUCCAGCCAAACAUUCUGUUGAGGAAUGGGACUCCAGUCUUGUCUCUGCACCUUCCAUGAAACCAGCUGAAAUGGUGAAUGAUCAUGCUGCUACCCCAACUUCAAUAAGUGAACAACUGACACAUUCUUCACCACCCAAUCCUGCAUCUAACGCAUCUAGUUGGCCGGCAAUUGGUACUGAACCCACUGAGUUCUGCUCUUUAGGUGAUGAAUCGGUUUCAGAUCUGUUGGCUGAAGUUGAAGCAAUGGAGUCUCUUAAUGGCUUGCCUUCCCCUACCUCAAUUAUGAAGGAGGAUUCUAAAAAUGAUUGUAUCAGUCCUCUAGAUGGGUUUAGCCCCGUAUUUGAUCCGGGAAAAGGUGAUGCUUUAAGUUCCACUGGCGAUUUACAAGUACCCUCCCAAUCCACAGUGACUGAGGAACCACAUGGUGUUGUAUGUCAGGCUGAUGUUCUUGGUCCUCAAAAGAGGUCCACUGGGCAUUCUCCGACAAGUAUUGAAGUGGAGGGAGAUGCAAAGCCCAGUGAUAUUUCGGUCAACCAAUGGGAAGCUGGUUCUGACAUCCAACCUACACCACUAUCUACAGCAAGUUGGGACGUUGCUGCUCCAGAUGCAACUUGGAGAGUGGGAUCAGAAAGUACAGCCACCAGCUAUGAAGCAGUAGUGCAGGGAAGUGCAAACAUGGGUUGGGGAGGAUUAGAUCAAAGAAGUAUGAAUGUUGGGUGGGGAACUGGUCAACAGGCAACAGCACAGGACAGAGUAAGCAUGAAUGUAGGCGCUUCUGCGGGGAAUCCAGGGUUUUGGGGAACCCAAUCGAGAUACGGCGGCGACAGAUCUUCUAGUCCUAGAGAUAGGGGUUUUCAGGGCAGGGAUUCAGGUUAUGGUUGGGGUGGUAGGGGGAGUGUGUGGAACAGGCAGUCCUUAUAUGUGGGUGGAAAUGGAGGUUCUUUUAGGCCUCCUCCCAAAGGUCAGCGAGUUUGUAAAUUUUAUGAAAGCGGCUAUUGCAAGAAGGGGGCGUCGUGUGGUUAUUUGCACCCGUAAUUCUGGGUUUUUGCAAUUAGGCACAUUUAAUUCUGUAAUCAUUAUUCUUAUAAGGAAGCCUGUUCCUUAACUGAUAUUGUAAUUUAACCUGUAAAAGUAUCAGUCAAGCGGCAUAAACAUUUAUUUUUUGAAUA